UUCGCCUCACCUCCUUCAUUAUUUCCCCAAUCCAAACACAAAAACACACCCAAAUUAUGAUCAAUUUGUACAGAAAAAGCCUCUACUCUUUCAUGUCCUUCGCCGACACCUUCUCUCCCAAAUCCGCCCCCUCCGCCGCCGUGGCCGACGCCGACGCCGCCGCCGAACACCCCCUUCUCGGCUUGGGUUUGAUUUCCGACAACAAUCUCACCCAAUUCAAAUCCCCCAAUAUUCUCGAAUCCUCCUCUGUUUUGAAGCCUCUCUGUUCCUCGCCGGCGACCCCACGACAGGAUCCCGGCGGAGUUGGUUUCCUCGACGCCGUUGGCGGUGGCGUUGAUGGGUUGAUGUCGUGUACCGAGAGCCUUGGAUUUGAAAGCUCCGAUGAACGAUUGGUUAAUGAUGAGAUGAUGGGUGUGGAAAAUGGGGGAGAUAGUGGUGGUGGGUGUACGGUUCGGGUGCGGCGGAGGAGGGUGGUGGUGAGGAGGUUUCCGCCGCCGUUGACGUCGUUGAAUCAACAUGGUCAUCCGAAUUUUUAUCUCCGGUCGGUUAGGAAGGAUGGGAGGUUGGAGCUGACUGAGGUGAAGAUCGAACGGACGGAGAUUCUUCGCGCGUGUCGCGAAGAUGGACGGUUGAGAUUGCAUCUUAUUAAGGAUGAGGACGAGGAAGAGGAGGAUAGGAUUGAAGAGGAAGAGGUAGAAGAAGAUGGGUUUGUGAAAGAAGGGCAGGUGGAAUUCCGGCGGUGUGUUGAGGUGGUGAACCACCAGCGCCGCCGUGAGCACCACCGUGGCCACCACCACCGGAAUUUGGAUGUGUGGAGGCAGCACUGCGUGACAACGAGUUAAGAUUUUUAUUUAUUUUUUAUUUUUUAUUUUAUUAAAAUUCAGUCGGUAGAAUUUAAUGAAGCGGUGGGUGUGCAUAAAAUUGAGAUAAUUAUUAUUA